GCUCUGGUAUCGGUGAGUAUGUCAAUGUCAAGCUACAUAGCAAUUAGAUUUGCAACCUAUGAACUAUGAAGUCUAAAAAUGACUAAUUUUAACUUUUUCCUUUUGUAAAAUACAAACUACUUAUUUUUAUUUGUAACAAAAUAAUAUACAAAUAAUUAAAUAUGAGUUCAUUAAAGAGAAUGGUUCUCAAAAGUUUUAAGCAGUUGCAUCGAACCCGAUUAAGAGUUUUUGAAGGAGACGAACGGGCCUUAACUGCAGCACGGCUAAAAAUUAAUGAGGAAUAUAAUAAAAAUAGAUAUGUAAAGGAUGAAGAAGCAAUAAAAGCAAUGGUUAAGUUUGGGGAAGAUGUUGAAAGGGAAUUAAGAACUCAAGUUAUUCAAGCCAGAGAAGUAAAACCUGGGGUUUUUGAGGCUAAAAUCACAAAAGAUACUGUCAAGUUAGAUAAUAUACCAUACAAUGAUAAUGCUAUACCAGUAGAUGGAAUAAGUAGAGGCCAAUCCUGCUGUCAAGACGUUGCAAAAAAUAAAAAUAAAUAAUCUUGUUAUUUAAUUAGUGUAGAAUAGGUGUUAAGUAGAUUGUAAAAUGUUUUGUUAAAUUAUAUUAUUUAUUUGUUA